UUUUUUUUUCUUAAAUUGCGAUAUUUAAAGUGUGAAAAUGAACAUCAAUAUAAAGAAACUUGUGGCAAACAACACGACUCAACAAAAUACGAGAUCCUCCCAAACUUCUAAAACCUCAAUAACACAAACGACUUCAACGCGAUACGUCAGUCGGUCCAGUUCAUUUAUGACGAACGACGUAGCAAUUUCCAAAAUUAAAUCAUCAGCAUCUUCCAUACGUAGCACCUACGAGCCCGUUUACAUCCAAACGAGAGGGUCACAAGCAUAUGGAAUAAUAAAUCCAAAAGCCUUCGACCGAUCCUCACAGAAUACACCUUCCUUAGCGGCGAGAACAGCUCUCACAAACGGAACCAGUGAGGAAAAAAAUCGAUCCCAAUCUGUGAUCAAUUCAGAGCGAUUCGCAACAUUAAGCAACCCAACUCGGUUGACAGUACCAACCCCUACAGGCAAUUACUCAAUUGCUCAAGAUGCUAGACCUCUUUGGGACCCUUCUACUAGUGCAGCUCCAGGGCCAUCAAAUCAUACAUCUGUGGAGCGGUACGACCUGAAGGAUAAAGCAUAUGUACUAAUUUUCCAUCACAUGUUCAAAAAUGAUCCCGAACUACAUCGAAAAGGAAGUGAACAUGAUAUAAAGUUGAUCUCGGAUUUUUUUAAAAACCAUCGUGCAGAAGUACCUAGCCCCUGUGAGGAUUACACGGUCCAAAAGGUCGAGAAGAAAAUGACUGAAAUUCGGAAAAAAAGCUUUAACAACUAUUCUUGUUUGAUAGUGAUUAUUAUGAGUCACGGAGGGCAAAGAGAAGACAUAAGAGCAAAGGACAAAACGUACAAUUUUGAGGCGAAAAUUGUUGAACCGAUAUUGAUGAAUGACUCUCUUAAAAACAAGCCGAAGCUGUUUUUCGUGCAAGCCUGCAAAGGCGGUGCCAUUAUGGAAACGGACUCCCAUCCCACGACUACCAACAAGUUCGAUAUGUUGAAGUGUUACAGCACUUAUGAAGGAACUGUAUCCAUGAGGAACACUCAAACAGGUUCGUUUUUUAUUCAAACUUUGUUCCGAAUGAUUGAAGAAAAUGCAGACAAAGAGAUAAUCGACAUAAUGACACUAAUUAGGAAAAAAUUUUGCAGUACAAGAGUUCAACAGGCACCAACCGAAACAUCUACGUUGACAAAAAAGUUCUAUUUCAGUGAAUUAAAGAAAAAAUAAUGACACAAGUUGUGUAAGAUUAUAUUUCAGAUUUACUUAAAAAGUAUGCAAAAUUUGCGAUUUUUCACGACAUUAACAAAUAAGAAGUUACGCAUAUCAUUGCAACAAUGCAAACGAAAAUAAAGUUACAUUGGAGCUGGUAUUUAAAAAAUGUAUAUUCCUUAUUCAUCUUUAACUAAACUACCAAAACAAAAUGUAAAAGCAGUGACAAAAGUCUUACUGUAUUCAGCACUUUUUUUUCACUCUAUUUGUUCCAAAUUCAACAUAAAUUUCAUUUAAUUUGAACCGGGUGCUCCAGCUACUACAGUAACAUACCAGCCAUAAUUGUUAUGAUAUAUAUCUAACAAACUAUGCCAGGAACGCGCCUUUGAAUUGAAUGAUGUCUUGUUAUAAUGAACAUUAUUAAACAUACUAUUUUACAACGAACAAAAAUGCUCUUUAAUGUGACAAAUCACUCUGUAUUCCUUCCAUAAAUGGAGUUUAAUAUACUUGUAUAGAGGAAAAUUCAUAAACAAAACCUUAGCUAGUUAGACAGGGACUUAAUUCAAACUAAAAUCAUAA